AAUGACUUGUGUUUAAGAGAUUCCAAGAUCAUACUCCUCACUCUUCAUACCCACUUCACUCUCACAACUCACCAUUCUUUCUCUCUCCUCCAAACCAUCGUGACAGUUACUCUGUUUCCUAAUUAAGUGACAUUGCUUCAUUCACUUUGACUUCAUGGGUAAGAGUAAGACAAUUCAGUUAUCUGGUUUUCCUUCUACCGUGUCUGCUGAAGCAGUCAAAACAUAUCUGGAGGAUAAAACCGGUGAAGGAACUAUUUAUGCUCUGAAAAUAAGGCAGUUUAAAUCUGGUGGGACAAGAUGUUAUGCUGUUGUGCAAUUCACCUCUGUCCGGAUGGCAGAGCUUAUCCUGAGUCUAGCAGAACCUCCUAAAAAAAUUUGGUAUCGUUCCAACUUCUUGAAGGCGCGAGAGAUGGAUAAAGACAUUGUGCCCAAGCCACGAACUUACCAGCAUAGAAUGGACAACAUAACACUCCAUGUCGGAUGUCAGACCUCAAAUGACAAGUUCCUCGCAUUUUGGUCAGGACGUAAUGUUUCUCUUUCAUUUGGCUCGGGGCUGAGAAGAUUUUACUUUUACUUGAGUUAUGAUGAAAAAGAAUAUAAACUUCAACUUUCGUAUGAGAGUAUUUGGCAGAUUGAACUACGACGUCCACGUGCUAAUCAUGUGAAGUAUCUUCUAAUUCAGCUGUUUGGGGCUCCUCGAAUUUUUGAGAAGGUUGAACGUGUUUCUGGACUGCUCUUUGAAAACAAUUAUUUCAAAGAGGAACAAGAUGAUCAAUGGUUCAGGACAACAGAUUUCACCCCCUCAAGCUGUGUAGGACAAUCUUCAGUUUUAUGUUUGGAGCUUCCGUAUAACUGCGAACUUCCAGACUUCAGAGCUACCUUUCCAUAUUUUAAGGAGGAUGAUGGCCAAUUUACUCUAGUAAGUGGCAAUACCUUUUCCUGUAACAUGGAACUUGUUCCAAUAGUGGCUCCUCCUAGAGGAGUUGAGUUACCAUUCUAUAUCUUGUUUAAGGUAAACUACUUGGUUCAGUUUGGAUGUCUUCCUGGUCCAAACCUUGACCACAGUUUCUAUCAGAUGAUUGAUCCAAGAAAAAUUGAUAAGGCGUGUGUAGAAUAUGCACUUGAGAAAUUGUAUUAUCUGAAGGAGUGCUGCUAUGAUCCAUCUGGAUGGCUGAAACAACAGUACACAAAAUACCUCACAUCUAAGAGAAUUCCUGAGAAGCCAACCAUUUCAUUGGAUGUGGGAUUGGUUUAUGUGCGCAGAGUUCAAGUAACUCCAUGUAGAGUAUACUUUUGUGGCCCAGAAGUGAAUGUGUCCAAUCGAGUACUGAGAAAUUAUCCUUAUGACGUUGAUAACUUUCUUCGCAUAUCCUUCGUCGACGAGGAUCUGGAGAAAUUAUACUCUACAGAUUUAUCUCCACGUUUCUCCUCUGAACCUGGUGCCGGCAUGCGGACUAACAUUGAUAGAAGGAUCCGUUCCACUCUCAAGAAUGGGAUACAUAUUGGUGAUAAGAAAUUUGAAUUUUUGGCCUUUUCAUCAAGCCAGUUGAGGGAAAAUUCUGCCUGGAUGUUUGCUUCAAGGCCUGGACUGUCAGCCGCUGACAUCAGAAAUUGGAUGGGUGACUUUAGAGAAAUAAGAAAUGUAGCUAAAUAUGCUGCCAGACUUGGUCAAUCUUUCAGCUCAUCCACUGAAACUCUAACUGUGGCUAGGGAGGAAAUUGAGAUGAUACCUGAUGUGAAAGUAACUGUUGGGAGAAAUACACACAUUUUCUCAGAUGGAAUUGGAAAGAUAUCAGCUGAUUUUGCUUGUAAAGUGGCAAAGAAAUGUGGUUACAACUCCACGCCAUCUGCCUUCCAGAUUAGAUAUGGUGGGUUCAAGGGUGUUGUUGCUGUUGAUCCCAUGUCAUGUAAGAAGUUGUCGUUGCGAAACAGCAUGUGCAAGUAUCAAUCAGAUAAUGCUAAACUUGAUGUGCUUGCCUACAGUAAAUAUCAACCUUGUUAUCUGAAUCGUCAAUUGAUUACUCUCCUGUCCACUCUUGGUGUGCAAGACCGUGUAUUCGAGAAGAAGCAAAAAGAAGCUUUGAAUCAAUUGGAUGCUAUCCUAAGAGAUCCAUUAAAGGCACAAGAAGCAUUGGAGCUUAUGUGUCCAGGGGAGGUUACAAGUAUUCUUAAAGAAAUGCUCAAAUGUGGCUACAAGCCUGAUGCUGAACCAUUUCUUUCAAUGAUGUUGCAAACUUUUCGGGCAGCAAAAUUGCAGGAAUUGCUCACUAAGUCAAGGAUAUUUGUCCCACGUGGUAGAGCAAUGAUGGGAUGUCUAGAUGAAACUAAGACUUUGGAGUAUGGUCAGGUUUUUGUGCAAGUUUCUGGUGCAAGAUUUAGGAAUGUUGGCAAUGAACUCCUCACAUGCACUGGUUACGACUUUGAACCAAAUAACUAUGCUGUGAAAGGGAAAGUAGUUGUUGCUAAGAACCCCUGUUUGCAUCCCGGUGACGUUCGCGUCUUGAUGGCAGUAGAUGUGCCUGCUUUGCAUCACAUGGUUGACUGUGUUGUGUUUCCCCAGAAGGGAAAGAGGCCUCAUCCAAAUGAAUGUUCUGGAAGUGAUUUAGACGGUGAUAUAUACUUUGUCUGCUGGGACCAUGAAUUAGUACCACCUCGCCAAGAGGAACCAAUGGAUUACGUCGCACCUGAGAGUACGGUAUUGGAUCAUGAGGUUACCAUGGAGGAAAUUUUGGAUUAUUUUGCCAACUAUAUAAUCAAUGACAGCUUAGGUAUCAUUGCCAAUGCACACACGGCCUUUGCAGAUAGGGAGCCUUUGAAAGCAAUGAGUGACCCAUGCAUACAGCUCGCUCAGCUUUUCUCGAUUGCUGUUGACUUCCCGAAAACUGGCGUCCCAGCAGUUACACCACCUGCCCUCUAUGUAAAAGAAUACCCUGACUUCAUGGAUAAGCCCGACAAACCAACCUAUGAAUCACAAAAUGUCAUAGGGAAGCUGUUCAGGGAAGUGAAGGAAAGAUCCCCAAGUUCAACCUCCAUUCGAUCAUUUACCCGAGAAAUUGCUAGGUGUUCUUAUGAUCCGGACAUGGAAUAUGAUGGCUUUGAAGAUCAUCUGGAUGAUGCUGAAUAUUACAAAAGCCAAUAUGAUUAUAAGCUCGGUAAUCUCAUGGAUUACUAUGGUAUCACCUCUGAAGCAGAAAUUUUGAGUGGUAAUAUAAUGAGAAUGUCAAAGUCCUUCGAUAAAAGAAAGGAUGCAGAAGCUAUUACUAUGGCUGUCAAGUCCUUAAGGAAGGAAGCUAGGACAUGGUUUAAUAAGAAAGGAAAUGAUCCCGACUCAGGAGAUGAUGACGUGUAUGCAAAAGCAUCUGCUUGGUAUUAUGUUACUUAUCACCCGGACUAUUUUGGGAUGUAUAAUGAGGGGAUGAAUCGGGAUCAUCUCCUUAGUUUUCCUUGGUGUGUAUAUGACAGAUUGAUCACCAUCAAGAAGAACAAUAGAAGGUCUGCAGAUGUUUCAGUGCUGGGAUAUCAACUGAGACAUGGACUCCGUUUCGCAGUAUAAAGAUUGUUUUGGCAAAGUGUUUACUGCUGAACCUUAUUCAUCAUCCUUGUAUAAAUUGAUGACUCGUUAUGUUUUAUUACGUAUUGUUAAAUAUCUGGCUUCCUUGCUAGUUCAUAAGAUUAUGUAAAAAUAGAACUGCAUUGGAUGUUUUAUCAGUGAAUUAUGGUCCGAGUUUGUAAAAAUUUCAAGGACUCUUUGUUAGAUGUCAAGCUCAUUGCCCUUUUUUUGGUAUGAAAUUUGGGUGAAAUGAAACAAUCAUCUCAAGUUAAGUUUCCACCGUCUAAUAUUGGAUUUUUUUCUCUUUUAAUUGUGACA